ACGUGACAAUUGAUCAACAUCGUCUGCUGGAAAGAAUAAUAACGCAUAUUCCUAUAUUGCACACAGUGUUGUUUUACACCAAAACAAAGUACAGAUACACCUGGAAAUGGCAACUACACAGUGCCAAAGGGAGAAGACACGAGAUCUGACAGGAAUUUUUCCAAAUGAGACUGUAACAGAACAAAAGUCAAUACUGUUUGUGAAGAAAUUGUUGGCUGUAGCAGUUUCAAAUAUUGCGUAUUUAAGGGCUCUAUUUCCAGAACAUGCAUUUGGAGACCGUUCAAUUGAAGACCUUCACUUGAAAACAUUGAGAGAUGACAGUGCUUGUCCAGGAGUUUGUAAAUUCAUACAAUACAUGAAAGGGUGCUUUGAUGCAUUGGACAAGAAAUAUCUCAAAGUUCUUAUUAUGGGGCUGUACCGUGAUCCAGAAAAUCCUGAGACUCUCAUUGAAUCGUACACAUUCAAGUUCAGCUAUGCAGAUGAGACCGGAGUGGAUAUUUACAGAAAUGAUAAGAUUAUAUCUAGUGCAAAUGAUGCUGGUGAGAUCAAGAAAGCAACAAUUCGACUGCUUCGCACUAUUGUUGUUUUGACACAGACUAUGAAUGCAAUUCCAGAGGAUGCUAUGCUGACCAUGAAGUUGCUCUACUAUGAUGAUGUAACUCCUGCAGAGUAUGAGCCUCCCGGAUUUAAACCAUCAACACUCACAGACUUUAAAUAUGAAGAGGAACCAGUGACCAUCAACGUUGGAGAUGUAGCAACUCCUUUCCACAGAAUUAAGAUGAGGGUGAAGACAAAUGAGGCAAUGUUUGACAUGAAGGAUGUUGAUGCAGAGACAGAGAAUACAGAAACAAAAGUGAACAAUGUCAGUAUUAAGGACACUGACAAAGAUGUGAAUAAAACAAAUGGAGAUGAAUCUCAACCAACACCAGUGGUCCCAACAGAAAGCCCAGAAAUUCCAGGUUCUGAUGGGAAAGCUGUAGAAAUUCUUGGAUCUCAGUUGAGUCAUAUGACAGAAACUCAGGAGGAGGAAUUUGGAGUCAGAUGUCCAUGUGGUUGUAAUGAGGAUGAUGGCCUGAUGGUAAUGUGUGCUAUUUGCAAAUACUGGCAACAUGGAUUGUGUUUCUGCAUAAAGGAUGAGCAGGAGGCCCCAGAGCACCAUGUGUGUGAUGUGUGUGCUGAUACCGAUGAUCCUAUAAAGCAGCCAACAGAUUUGUAUCUUUACAAAUUGAGUCCAAUUGCAAUUCAGACAACAUGUCUUUGGAGGAGAGCAUUGAUGGCAGCCACUGAAUCAAGUAGAGUUGUUGCACCAAGUCUUGCAAAGAGGCUAGGAGUAGAAGUGAAUAUUGCACAUGGACUCAUUGACAGAAUGGAAAAAGAAGGUUUUGUUAAAAACUCGGGGAAAGGCAGAAGGCUUGGAAAAGUUGUAGAUAAGGAGAAAAUUUUGAGUGAAGGUGUGGAAAAGUUCUUCAUUAACAAGAAAGUCAUUGCCGCUGAAGGAAUCGAGAUGGAGACUGAAGAUGCCAGUAUUGGUCAUGAAGCAACUGAAGAGCACAUUGAAAAAAUCACAGAUCUGACUGAAAGUAUGGAGCUAAAUGGUCAGAAGAGACAGAGAAAAAAGAAACUGGGACCAGUUUCAGAGCUCAGACACAGUCCUCGUCUACUGCAGAAGAAACAUGAUGAUGUGGAUCUCCCACAAGUCCAGAGAAAGGGCAAAAAAAGAGCCUGCUCAAAAAUGUAUGAGAAUUCCGAAUUUGAGAUAUCGGACAGUCAAGAUUUGACUGUUGACGAGGAAUAUCACAAAGGCAAGAAGAAAGCAAGUGAUGUUGCAAAAGCCAUUAUGGUUUGAUCAGACCCUGCAAUGUAUGUUUUGUAAAAACAUUCAAUCAAGAGUACUAUUCACAUCUAAUCUAUACUUUGAAUGCAAAUAGUGUAGAAGAGAUGAAACAUUGCAUAAUUAUGAUAUACAUGUUCAUAAACAAGUUACAGUAUGCUGUUUUAUGUUUUUGGUUUUUUUCGGUUAUAACUAUUUACAUGAUAUUGAUCAAUGUGUGAACAUUGCUGAUGAUGUUUUUUUGGGUUUUUUUGGUUAUAACUAUUUACAUGAUAUUGAUUGAUGUGUGAACAUUGCUGAUGAUGUUUUUUUGUUUUUUUUUGGUUAUAACUAUUUACAUGAUAUUGAUUGAUGUGUGAACAUUGCUGAUGAUGUUUUUUUGUUUUUUUUUGGUUAUAACUAUUUACAUGAUAUUGAUCAAUGUGUGAACAUUGCUGAUGAUUAAGAAAGAUAUUGCAAUGUUAUUGCUGUUAGUCUGUUUCAAUAUGUUUUAUAAUUUUGAAAUUGUAAAGUGAUUUAGUUACAAAAGUAGAAUAAAUGUGUUGCACAUUUCUAGUAAUAUUUUAGACAUAGUGGAAUCAGUUAGUUUGUCCAGAUACAUUAUCAGAUUCUGUCCAAAAAUUUCACUUGUACAUGUAAGAUUUGUUGUACACUAUGAUAUGAACCAAUGCACUUUGUUUAUUCAGAGAGAUUUAUCGCAUAGAACGUUCAGACUUGUCACUAUUGUGUAAUUUUUGGAAUGCAUGGAUGUAGAACCUCUUUAUUUAAUCAAAUUUGAUAAUGACCAGAAGGAUUAUUUUGAUCCUCAACAAAGUUCAUUGUUAAGAAGGUCAAAAGGAUCCAAAACAAUAUUCUUACAAACUUGUAAUGUUUCUUCUAAAGUAUACAUGUAUAUGUAAUGCUGCACAAAUAUGAGUGUAAAAUUUUUGUCCAAGUCAUAGCACUGUGAUACAAUGUGGGAACUGUAGACUACUUAUGAUGAUAGAGUUUGUCAUUUGUAACUAAGAUCAUAAUAAAAAUGAUAGCAUAAGGUAAGGUAGGGAUUAUAGACAUUCAUACCUCAAAGAAAAGUACCAAUGAUCAGAGGGUAAGUCAUGUUCCUGGAUCAUAGUAAUUUUGAGAAAGGUCGAGGUCCUAGAGAUUAGCAGUAUAGAAAUUUUCUUCUGAAACUUUAUGUACAAAUGUAGGUCUGAAUUUUAGAAAUAGUGACUAUUUCUAAAAUUCAGAGCUACCUUCAUUGACUAUAUAAUCUUCUCCUGCAGGCAUGCUAGAAUUUGUUGAACUAACAUAGAUGACAUAGUAAAGUUAUAAGAAUGCAAGGUUGCAGAUCUUGAUUGUGUUCCAUGAGAGUAGGUAUUGGUCGUUUUAGGACUGCUCUAAUUUUAUUUGUAUGUUAUACUCCGAGUGUGAGUACUGUGUUGAUUUUCUCUUUAUUUGUUGUUGAAUCAUCUGCUGUCCAGUUAACAGAGUGGUCUUGUGUCUUUAUUGUUGAUCAUUUUAGUGCUAUACAAAUAAUAAUAAAAAAAAUAUUCAAAUUGUG